CCCACUCUGCAAAGGCUGUGUUUGUGUGCGCCACCGCUACCCGAGACGCGCCCGGCAUCUUGAAUAAUAAAGUCGCACUGAGAACGGAAGGAAUAGACCUACCAGGAACUUUUUAAGAGUAGCAAUAUCGAGUACGUGGACAAGAUAAAGGAAAACGACAUACACUGAUUUUUUGCAGAAUUACAGUUGGUGGUGAUUUGAAGUUUGAAGAUAUGAGGAUUCUACGAGUUGCGCUCCUGCUCGUCCAUGCCUUUGUGGUGUCGACGUUGGUGAGUGGAGCUGUGGUGGACAGGUAUGAGAGUGAGAGGCCGCAGCAGCACACGGCAGUUAUCAACCUGUUGGAUGUCCUGAGCGACAGAAGGAUGGAGGGAGGGAUGGAGGAGAGUAACCACGGCGUGGAGGGUCCAGUGUUGGAGGAUGAGGAGUACUAUGAUUACUACCAUGAAGAUGAAGAAGAUGCCUCAGGGGACUAUGAGGUGGAAUUACCUCGAGUUGCAUUGUCGACUAAACCUAAAGACCCAUCGGCCAUCUUGGAAGCUGAGAGGAAGAGGAGGAGAGGAAAGGGGAGGAAGAAGGGAAAGGGGAAUAAGAGGAACCCUUGUCUGAAGAAGUAUAAGGACUUCUGUAUCCAUGGCACCUGUCAUUACCUGAGGGACAUCAAAGCUCCGUCAUGCAUAUGUCGUCCCAGUUACUCUGGGGAGCGGUGUCACCUGUUCACGCUGGCUUCAGAGGGGAGGGACGUGGGAGGCUACAGCAGGACCACAGCUCUGGCUGUGGUGGCAGUGGUGUUGUCCUCUCUCUGUCUCACCAUCAUAGGCCUGCUGCUGGUGCUCAGGUUUCACAAGCGAGGAGCGUACGACAUACAGAAUGAGGAGAAGGUGAAACUGGGGUCAGCGCCCAACCACUGAAGAGCUGGAGCGAAGGGACAGGAUAGGGAAAUUCUACCUCAAAAUAGAAAAGAAGAAGUGAAAAAAAGCCAAGAGAGAACCCAGAGAGACUUGGAAGGUAUGGCAGAGAGGGGGACUGGAUGGGUGUGACCUGGACACAUAGCCCCACCCCUUCUCACUGAUGGACAGAUGUGAUUGGGUAGCUCAAGAUUCUGCUGUAGGCCCUGCAACCUAUCAGGAGAGAGCCUGCCUAAAACUGGAACUCUGACUGGCUGGGAGAAAAGACUGGAGUGGUGAUGAGGAUAUGGAAGCUGAGAGGAAGAGGAGGAACAUUUCUGUGCCCGUAUCCACAAAGAGUCUCGGAGUAGGAGAGUUGAACUAGGAUCAGUUUUGCCUUUAGAUCAUAAUUAAUAACAUUAUAUGGACUGACCCUGGAUCAGCACUCCUAUCUGAGAUGCUUUGUGGAGACGUCCCUGAAUUCAGUGCUGCUUCUUGGCUGUGUUAAAAAAGACUACCGGGAGUCUCAGACUAAAAGGACACCAUCUUCUCUUCUUCUGCCAGAAACAGAGAGAACCCUGGUCUUUCUUCAAAAGGAGUGUUGUUUUUACCAAUCAGCAUUUGUAUUUUCCUGCACAUGUUCGAUCAUUGUCGUUUUCUAGCGUACUGUAAAACUUUUAUUUAUACCAUAUAUUUGUCUUUUAAUUAAUUUAUUGAUGUGAUGUUGUUGCUGUAUUUAUGCAGAUUUUUAACUGCUUCGUCCACCCAAAGAUGCACUGCCCGUUUGUAAAGAUUAUCUAUAAGGUCAUCAUUGUGUUUUUAUAUUUAAAUGUUAGAUCAUAUUUAUUGAUGAGAAUUAAGAUAAAAGGAAUAAAAAAUGUACAGUACUUUUGGAGAAAUAGACAUUUCAAAGUAAGAGUCCUCUUGGUCUCAUAGGGCUACCUGAUUGCUGACUGUGAUAUCAGCACUCUGUGCACAGGCUGCUGAAAACACACGCCACUGUGAUUGGUUGGUUUGUUGAUUCAUUCAACAGCAGUGUGGUGUACUAUACCAAUGUACCACUGACAGGUCUCUUUGUGUGUACCAUUAUGACGUGGUUGCAUUGGUCUUCUGUGUUUGACUCUGUAAAGAAGCCAUACAAAACAUCCAGACAUAGAAGUGAAUUGAAUAGAACCUACUCUACUCUAGAAUCCCAAAAUAUAGAAUAUAGGAAAUAUUCUAGAAUGUUUAUAAUCUAGAAUCCAGUUUAAAUUGUCUGUAUUACAUUGAGGAUGUGGAAUAGAUACAAGGCAAACGCUGGUGCCUUGUUGAGUCCCGACAUUGUAUCGAGUGUUGGAAGGUAGAAACACACAAAUGGUGUAGUUUUUAUUGUCUUUGAGAAACGAGUUGGACAUAAAUCUCCAAAAAUGGUAUCUCCAAUUUUUGUUAUUUAUUUCUGUUACCAUGCCAGUUAGUUGUGUUGUUUUAGAAUGGUGGGUGUGGUUAGGGAUAUACUCAGUGAUUUACUGUACUAUAAUACCCACUGAGAUCCAUGCUAAGAUCAUGUUGAAAUGUGAAUUCAUUCAAGUGUUCAGGCUUUAAAAAACUAAUAACCCUCCUCUAGAAAAACAUCCUGGAAACAACCUGCAGUUUUGAAGGGAUUUCUAGUCAAAAGGUUGUUGUUUUUUUCAGAAAAUGAAUAAAGCAUUUUUUUCUCACA